GAGGCGCCGCACGCGAGCCCGGCAGCCAGUCAGCCCGUCCGUCAGGCAGCCAGGCCCCGGCGCUGGGCAGGGCCAGGCCGGGCCGGGCCGAGCCUCUUCCUGGCGCUGCCGAGCGGCCUGCGCGAGCCUCCCGCCGCCGCCGCCGCGCCGCCGCCUCCCGCCCAUGGAUUUCACAUAGCCGCCGCCUGGGCCGCCCGCCGCCGCCGCCGCCGCGCGCGCCUCUCUCCGCCCGGCGCCCUCCGCCCAUGGCGGCCUCGGAGAGCCCCCGGACGUGGCCUCGGCCUCCAGCUCCUCGCUCUUCCGCCUCCGGCACCUCCGCCUGGGGCUGCACUUGCGGCCCGACGCCCGCGCCUUGGCCGGCUGCUCGGUGCUGGAGCUGUGCGCCCGGCGGGGACGCCGAACCGGCAGCGGCAGCAGCGGCAGUCAGAGCCGCCGGCAGGCCCUGGUGCUGGACUCGCACCCGGCCUUGCGGGUCGCCUCGGUCGCCUUCCGGCCUUCCCCGGCCGGCGGCGGCGGCGGGGACGCUGCGGCUUCGUCUUCCCCGACGCCGCCUCGCCGGGCAGCGCGGAGAGCCGGGCUGGCGGCGGCGGCGGCGGGGAUGGCGCCCCGAGGUGCCCCGCCUGGGACCCCGCUCCCGCCUCCUCUUCCUCCUCCUCCUCCUCCUCUUCCUCGGAGCUGUCCGGCCCGGAGAGGAGCGACCCGGCCCCCGGGCGCCUCUUGACCCGCUGCCCUUCCCCGCCCACGGGGUGCCCCUCUCCCACGCCCCUCUCGGACCCCCACCCGCACUGCCCGCUCAGCACCCCCAGCGCACUUUCGGCCUUGGGGCCGCCCCUGGCCCCCGAGCUGGCGGGCCCCGGGCCCCCGGCAGACCCCCUGGCCGCCCACCGCUGCCACCACAGCUGCCCACUGGCAGGGCCCCCCGACUUCCUGGUUUCACCAGACUGCCCCCUUGCCCCUGGCUCUCAGGAUGGGACCCCUCCGCCGGACCCCGAGGGUGCCCUGAGGGGUGCAGCGGCUGCCCCCCACUCUCCCCUCGCUGCCCCGGCCAGCCCCAUCAACCACUUUUCGUGCUCCUUUUCCGACUUUCCUCUCGUGCCUGGGGUGCCCCCUCCACCCAUUCCCACCUUCCCCGACGACCCCGCGCCGGCCUCGGUGGCCCCCUGCCCGCUUUUCUUCAGGGUGGACCCCUUCACGGACUACGGUUCGGCCCUCACCAUCUCCUUACCGUCUUCCCUGGAGCCUCACCAGCCCUUCCAGGUCAUCAUCCGCUACACCACGAUUGAUGCACCCGCUGUAAGUGCCCCUUUCUCUGCGCAAGCCCAAAGAUUGUGUUUUGGGGUGGGUGGGUGGUGCUCGUGGUGUCAUUUUAGGGGAUAACAUGCAGUGGGGGUGAUGGUCAUGGAGGCUGUGCAGAUCUGGAGCUGAUUGCCCUUUGACAGCAGCUCGGCUGGAGUACGGAAGAUGCUGCAAGGUCUAAGAGGAUACCAGCAUGGUUAAACAACAGAGUCAAGGAAGUUAUAAAGGCCAGCUUUGUUUAAGGAAACUGAAGCCUCAUCCAGGUGACGGGAACAAGAAAAAGAAAGCAGAUUAUUGCAAAAGAAAUGCAAACUGACAGUAAGGGGUGCAGAAAAAUAACUUGAGCGACAAGUUGCUAAAAAGAAUAAAAAAUAAAUGCAUUUAAAUACAUUACAAGUGGGGAACUUUGCCACAGUGGUAGCUAGACCAUUAGAUGGGGAAAACCUGUUAGAUGUAGAAAACCAGAAGAAUUGAUGCAUGUUCUAGAGCAGGGACAGGAAACUGGUCUACCAUAUAUAAUUAGAUUAUGACUUCUGCCAUUCUUGGCCAUUGGCCUUCUGGUUGGGGCUGAUGGGAGUUGGAGGCCAACACAAUUUGGAGAGCCAUAAAGGUUCCUCCUCUUAAUUCAGGAGGAUACCCUCCUGAAGAGAUCCAGCACUGCUGCCUGGACCCUUGUGGAAGCGGUGAGUGUUUCCUAUAAUGCAUUCUAGCAUCCUAUGCAACAGGCAAGGGUUUGUGGCAGGCAAAAAUAUGUGGAAAGACUUCUCUGAGGUUUACCUCCAAAUCCAUCACGUUAGCUGUCAUGCCACAUUGGUCUGCAUCAAAUGUAAUGGGGCUGACCCAACAACAAAUUGUUAAUAAAGUUCAAUUGCUCCUUUCCCCUCUGUGCUUCCCUCAUCCUCUUGUGCACCCAGCUAUAUUGGAGAUUUCUGGUUUCUUAACCACAGUUUCCUGUGACAUCUGAGCUGGAAAACUGGUCUGAAGGCUCCCUUCAUAUCAGAAUAUCAAACCAGGACCAAUGAGCCCUUAAUGCACAGUUUCCCAGUUUGGAUACCAUAUGCAACUGGUUUAUGAUAUUGGAAAGUCUCCUCUGCAAGUAGGCAUGUGGGACAGGUGGGGGUAGGGAUCCACUUGAAUCCCUCCCCCCCACUCUCCAACCAGCGAUCGUUUGCUCUUGAUCUGUUACAGGUCACCUUGUGACAGCUGCUAACGCUGACAUCCUUUCCAAUGAACGUGGCAUUUGUAAUGAACUCAACUCCCCCCACCCCAAAGACUUAACAGGUGUCUGAUAAUAACUUGCAUGCAUAACAAAACAUUUUCAUGGAAUAACAUUUUUAAAAGAUGUUGCCUCCACUCCCUAUUUCUCUGUCCUCUAUAUUAUAUAUGAUAUUAUAUCACUUCCAGAAGAUGUUCAGAUUUUGAUUCUUGCCACAUUCUUUCUAGAAGGUAGGGUCAGAAUUGGGGAACAGCUGUCAAGGACGCUCUUGGAUGGUACCAUCACAAGGCUUCUGUCAAGAAAACAGCUAUGUGUUGGUUAAGUCAAGGAGACUGAGAUUUGGAAUAAGAGCGAUUCCCUCUCCCCAGAGAAUCCUGGAUACGCUGUGAGGGGGGUUUAGAGAUCUCCCUGUACAGAAUUUUCAGCACACUCAUGAAACCAGAAUUUAAAGGAUUCUUUAGAAAAGCUGGACUGCAAACAGGACUGAAGUUGGUGACUAGUUGCCAGUUCCCCAAGACAAUUUGCAACGACGCUAGAUGAGCAGUUUCAGUAAGCAAUUGACUUACGUUCUACUGCACCCCAAAAUAAGCUUUGGGGUAUGCUGUAUAUCUCUGUGACUUUCCCCUUUUAGAUCCUCAAGACUCUCAAGAAUUCUUCUCUAUCAAGCCAUUGAUCUUGUGCAGUGCUUUUUAAUACAUGGUAAUCCUACUUGCAAAUAAGGCAUUGGAGCUGUGCACUCCAAACAAAGCUUUGGGCUAUCAUAAUAAGUCUUAUACCUGCAGCUCCAGGGGAGUAUCUUCUAUGAGACACUCCUAGCACUGCAGCCACCCAGUGCUUUGAUUUGGCUCAGGAUACUGUGAAGUGUACUUUCUCCACUCCAUUUAUUAUCAGUAUAUAAGGGGAAAUGGAUAAGGAGAUGGGGGCGUGCACCCAACAGAUGUGGGCCACACAAAAUCACACACUGGUACAGCCAGGAGACUGUUGCUUUUGAAUCACCACAACAAUCCUUCAUUUUGGUGCAAGACACCGUCACACAUGCUGGGCUGUGCCCGCACCAAUAAUGGCCAACGUAUAUGAAAAUAUGGAGCUAGGGUUAUGCACUUCUGCAAGAAAGAGACUAUUGCCUUUGAGUCACCCUAACGUUGUAUCUGCUACAAGAGACGAUCAGGCAGGCAGCUCCUAUGUAAAUAAUAGCCAAUAAAAAGAAGAAGAAGGAACUUGACAGUCCCUUCCACCAAAAUGAAAUAGUCUUAUUGAUAUCAUAGAAUUAUAGAGUUGGAAGGGUCCUCUAAUUCAACCCCCAAAGCUUAGUGCCAGAUGUGCAGCCCCAGUUCCUGGAUCAUUUCUGCAUGUGUUGGCAAUUAUUAGUGUGGACCCAAUGCUCUUGACUGGUGGGCUGGGUGUAGUGCUAGGGCACCCUGAAGGUGACAGUCCUCUGGUUGGGUAAGUAUGAUUUGUGGUGGCCCCAAGCCUAUUGUGGGCUGUGCAGCUCCAGUUCCUUACUUGUAUAUUUAUUUGCAAAGAUUUGCAUGGGGCAGCAUGGCCAACAGUGCCUUUUGCAAAAAGAAAGAGUUGAGUUGGAAAUAAUGCUAGGGCAGUCCGAAAGUGAUAGUCUCUUGGUUUGUGGGGUGCACAAUCCCAGUUUCUUACUCAUUUCCACAUAUAUCAGGCAGUUCCCGAUGUAGGUCUAGCAUACUUUUCGGUGAAUUGUCCAGAAAUGACACCAGGUGGACACAGUGUUCUGGUGUCUCAGAGAUACCACUCUUCUGGAGGUGGGUGUGUGGUAUAUGAUGCCCCAAAGCUUAAUUUGAGGGGUGCACACCCAGUUCCUUAUUAAUUUCUGCAUAUACUGCCAUGAGAGCAAUGUGGCAAACAAAACAUUGGGUUGGACACAGUUCUAGAGUGUCUCAAAGGGAACAGUCUCCUGAUCAUGUGGAUGUAGGGUGGCCUAAGGCUCUUUGAGGGUUGCACAGCUAUAAUUCCCUUUUUUAUUUUUACAUACUUUGGUGAUUAGUUGCACAGGGCCAGCACUCUCCAUAGCAUCGUGCACCACAACAAAGCACUGGGUCUUAUACAAUGCUGAGGCUAACUCUUGAGGCAGUUCCCUCCCCUCCCUGGGAUGACAGAGUCUGUUGCCUUUGGCCAUCAUCCUUUUUUGUGCUGGAAUUUAUUUGCUCCUACCCAUCUGUUUGAAAUCAACUGUUGGACAAUAUAGUAUUUACUUAGAUUUCCCCACCCUUAUUUCAAAUCCUCAGGGCCUUUCCUCUUCACCCUGUUUGAUAGGUGAGGUCGAGAAAACAGGGCUUUAACCCACUUAGGAGCAGCUAUCCAUAAAUGGUUGGCAUUUUUCUCUUAAAUAUUUUUCUCUCUCUUUGUGAUAAUCGGACAAUUGAACUUCUUAUCUUUACUGUUGUGUGCUUUUCAUGACAAUGGAACAAGCCAUGCUUGUCCACCAGGUCCUAAAAAGAGGGCAGUGGAAAGGCCUUUUCUCUGUGCUGCCUCUUGGAAGGCUGCCCGUGGUCAAGACAGCUGGAGACCUCUGUGCCAUUUCGUUCGAAAUGUUGACACAGCUCUGGAUUAAUUUCCUUCUGUUUCUCUGCACUCCUCCCUUGCUGUUCUUUCCAAGUGAACAAGGCACACAUUUUAUGAGCGUUUCAUUUCUCCUUGUGCUGUUUUGCGUAAAGCGCAGAUUUGUAGGAAGGCUUGAACUGUCUUUACUGUAAAAGUUCCAAUAUAUAUAUAAAAUCGGCUUGUAGCCUUGAGAUUGAAACAUUUUGGAACUAGCUAGAUGCCCACUAAAUGAAUGGCAUGCUUGAAUCUGUCCUGUUUAGAGCUUGGAAUUUUAAAAAAUAGGGAGAGGGCGAAGAGAGGGGAUUGGUCAGCUGGCUGCCAGUGUCACAGCUGGCCCAACAUGCAGCUAUGAUUGAGGGCCAAGGGAGAGAGGGCUGGUCUGUGUCUGGAAGCUGGGCAACCUAGUUUGGGACGACUCCUGGAUUAUUUCUUCCAACGGAAAGAUUAAUCAUUGAAUCAGUAAAAUAAUGUAAAAUGUAAUGUGUUUUUUACCAUGCAUAAUUCCUUUGAUGCCAAGUCCACGAUGUGGCUGCCAACAGGCUUGGUGCUAGAAGCCGAGAGGUAGCAGCAGCCUUUUCAGUACUUUCCCUUUGCUGAUCUAGAAUCAUAGAAUCAUAGAGUUGGAAGAGACCACAAGGGCCAUCGAGUCCAACCCCCUGCCAAGCAGGAAACACCAUCAGAGCACUCCUGACAUAUGGUUGUCAAGCCUCUGCUUGGCAGCAAAUUCCACUGUCGAACAGCUCUUACUGUCAGGAAGUUCUUCCUAAUGUUUAGUUGGAAUCUUCUUUCUUGUAGUUUGGAUCCAUUGCUCCGUGUCCCCUUCUCUGGAGCUGCAGAAAACAACCUUUCUCCCUCCUCUAUGUGACAUCCUUUUAUAUAUUUGAACAUGGCUAUCAUAUCACCCCUUAACCUCCUCUUCUCCAGGCUAAACAUGCCCAGCUCCCUUAGCCGUUCCUCAUAAGGCAUCGUUUCCAGGCCUUUGACCAUUUUGGUUGCCCUCCUCUGGACACGUUCCAGUUUGGCAGUGUCCUUCUUGAACUGUGGUGCCCAGAACUGGACACAGUACUCCAGGUGAGGUCUGACCAGAGCAGAAUACAGUGGCACUAUUACUUCCCUUGAUCUAGAUGCUAUACUCCUAUUGAUGCAGCCCAGAAUUGCAUUGGCUUUUUUAGCUGCCGCGUCACACUGUUGGCUCUGUGGUGUGCAGAUAAGUGAGGAAACUCUUACUGUUCCUCUGGGUUUCUGAUUAAGGGCAGGAAUAUAGUCAGAUUCUCUGCACCACUUGGCAGGGUAGGACAGAUGACCAGGCUGCCAGCUGACUGCAUGCACACUGUGGAAAGUUACCAACCUGGUCCUCUCCGGAUCUUUGGAACUACAAUUCUCAGCACCUCCAGCCAGUCUAGCUAUCUGCUUUGCAUGCUGAAAGUCUCAGGUUCAGUCGCUGGCAUCUCCAGGUAUGGCCUGGAACACCCCCUGCUUGAAACUCUUUAUAGCUGCUGCCAGUCAGUGUGGGCAGUACUGAGCAAGGUGGACCAGUGGCUUGGUUCACUAUGAGGUAGCUUGCUUUGUAAUAAUUUCAUUGAAUUUUCAAAAGUUGGACGUAUAUACUUCAAUACAUAAUAAUUUUAACUUUUCUCAACUUCCUGCCCCAUUUUCCAUUGUGUUUCAGUCCCCCGCUUUCUGCACAAUACCUUCUUAUACCAAUAUAUCAAUACUAUAUUCUCUAAUUCCUUCUGUUGCUCACAUUUCAGAUCCUGCUUGCGAGUUCAUCAAACUAUAUUUCCUGAGAUAGUCCAAAAAGGGCUUCCAUUCUUAGUAUAAGAGAGCUUUUCCUAUGUUCUUGUGCUGGUGGGAGUUAUAGUUGAACCACUCUGAGAUCUAUGGGUGUGGGGCAGUAUACAAAUUUAAUAAAUAAAAAUAAUAAAUAAUAGACCAAACAUCUGGACGGCAGAAGCAAAGGUUAAGUUACCACAUGGCUAAGGGCCAUCUGGAUUCACUGUGAGCAAGGCUUGCUGUGUAUGUAGAAAUUAAGGCAUAUAUGUAAGUCCUGCUGCUGUUUUUGGCAUUGCAUUUUAAUUCUGUUUCUAAUGGCACUUGUACACAUUGUGAUGCCACCAGUGCAGGAUAGUCCAGUGCGGUGGAUUCCAGUUAUGGUAAGGUCAGGUGAGCCAGGGUUGCUGAGAAGAACAAUCACAUGGGGGGAAAACUUGCCUGCAAUUACACAGAGAAGUUAUUUCUUUGCUACAAAUCAAGCAUAGAGAGACGUGCUAUUAUUCUGGUUUGUGAAAUCAGAGCAGAUGCAUGGCAGAUAAAACAGAAAACCUUCAAGCAUGCAUUAAAGGGAAAGUGUGGGAUAAAGAAGCCUAUUCGGAAGAAACCAGCCAGCCUUUGACUUGUUGAUGCCCUCUGAAUAUUCAUUUUUAUUUAUAAAGCUUACUUUUUGAUAGAAUGCCUAAAGUCAUGAAUCAAGCAAUUAAAACAAAAUACCUGUUACAAACAGAACAAUACUUCAAAACUAGCAGCAGCAAUGUGGAAAUGACACCAGCUUGGGCCUCUGUCAGUGUUAUUUUAAACACCUUUCUUGAACAAAAAUUGAUGCUUGAGCAUGCUGGCAAAAAGCAUGCAGAGAUGGCAUUAAGUAUGUUUCCUCAAGGCAGUUGAGUUUGGUAGAGCAAAGAAUUGGUGAUCUGAAGUGGUGAUGAGGUACGUCUGGGAGGAGCCAUUCCUUCUGGUGUGUUAAGUAGUAGUGGUACGGACUGGCUAAGUACCGUAUUUUUUGCUCUAUAAGACUCACUUUUUCCCUCCUAAAAAGUAAGGGGAAAUGUGUGUGCAUCUUAUGGAGCGAAUGCAGGCUGCGCAGCUAUCCCAGAAGCCAGAACAGCAAGAGCGAUCGCUGCUUUCGCUGCGCAGCGAUCCCUCUUGCUAUUCUGGCUUCUGGGAUUCAGAAUAUUUUUUUUCUUGUUUUCCUUCUCCAAAAACUAGGUGCGUCUUAUGGUCUGUUGCGUCUUAUAGAGCGAAAAAUAUGGUAAUUAACUAUUAACAAUUAGACAGCUUUCAACAUGGAUAAACUGCAAUGGUUUCUUUGCCUGCCUCUCCUGGUUCACUUUCAUACAGGGCAGUUGGUUGGCCCUCCACUACGGUUGUGCCAAUGUUGGUGGUAGAAAAGGACACAGUCUGGCUUACUCAUGGACAGACACAGGGUGGGGUAUUUGCCAGCUUGUCUGCCUCCCUCUCCUCUUCCCUCAUGAGUGAUGUGUGCAGUUUAAUAAAAUGAAACUCGUCUCACUCUUUUAAAAAAUACUCUCUGCUCUCUUACGGCCGUUGCUUUUAUUACUGUCAUUUCUCACACAUUCCUUCUUGUUGCUUCCAUUAGAUCUGGUGGCUGGAUCCCGAGCUGACCUACGGCAACGCCAAGCCAUUCGUCUUCACGCAAGGCCAUUCCGUGUGCAACCGCUCCUUCUUCCCCUGUUUUGACACGCCAGCUGUGAAAUGUACUUACUCCGCCAUUGUCAAGGUAGGAGGAAGCCUGUAACAAACCACCGUUUCCUUAGGGAGGAGACACAGUCGUUCAGGUUGCUGUGCUCUGUGAAAUGUUGGGAUCUGUCUGAACAGACCUGCUCGGGGGAAAAGUUUGGUGCUUUCCCUUAUAUCAUAUUAAUACUUCUGGGAUGGGUGUUUGGCUAACAACUUUUCCUUUAUCUGCUGGGUCUGUUGCCAGAAGGCCAUGUGCAGGUAGGCAGUCAAGUUCUAAGCAUCCCGCCCCCUUCCCAAAGAACUCUGGUUCUUUUUCUUCAGGAGUUGGAUUCUGAACUAAAUAUCACUUUGGGCAUCCAUGAGCCACUGUCUUUUAUACCUCUUGAUUCAUUUCAAUCAGCACAAGAGACUUUGAUCUGUGUCUCCUUGUUCACUCAAGUGCUUGGAGGAUUAGGCUGAGCUGACUUCAGACUUGUGCGGGAUUGCUUUUUUGUUUUGUUUAUUACUAGAACCCCUGCGGUCCACGGGUGUGCUUUAAAUUUUAAAAAGCAAGAGUACACACUGAGGCUCUCUUAAGGCAUAACUAAUUUGCGUUAAAUGCUUUUGAGCAUUAACGCUCUCUCACAAAUGUAGCUGCCUGACAUUCAAAUUGAAGUCUGAUUCAGCAUCCUUUUUGAAAGGCUGACAAUACUGGUCCAUGAGAAACUGGCUAGUUGGUAUAUUAGUGGGUCACAAUCUCCCCUUCUUCUCACCCCAGGCUAGGGCAGAGACACCUUGCUUCAACUGAUACUGCUCACACCUCUUGAAUAUCCUUCCUAGAAAAAGCUGUCCGGCUGUCUAAUCUCUUGUUGUUGUUAUCUCAGAUGCCAGAGGGUUGGCAGGAAGGAUUUCCCAAUGGUACGAGCUGGGGCUUUAGUGCCCUUUACUGCUCUUUUGACCUACCAGUGACUAGCAGAGCAACAAAAAGUUAUGCAGACUUGGAUAAAUUAUGGAAAUCUUCUCAUUUUUCACAGUUUAUAUAGAGUUCCGUUUAUCUUAGGAAUUUGGAUUGCAUGGGCAAUUUCUAUUUUUUUUAGUGCACAUUUGCCUGGUUUGCAUGUCACCAAACAGCGGUGAAUGUGUGAGUUCCCAGAGAAGAACUCACAGCUGCUCCCCACUCCUUUUUCGGUUUUGCUCCUGCACUGGGCUGAACUAAGCCCAGGUUUGGCUUAGCCUGUUGUCCAAACCCAGACUUGUAGUUAAACUCUCUCCUUACCAACUGCAAGCACUAGUCAAGAAAAAGCCUUUGCUACAGUUUGUGGUUAGAGGAGCGAGCUUCACCCCAUAGGAACAAGGGAAGCUGCCUUGUUUAUCUAGCUCAGUAUUGUUUAUCUAGCUCAGCACAGACUGGCAGUGACUUUCCAGGGUUUAAACAGGGAGACUUCCCCAGCCUUACCUGGAGCCGCCAAGGAUUGAACCUGGGAUCUUGUGCAGGCAAAACAGAUGCUCUGCCCCUGAGUUAGAGCCCUUCUUGUGUUUGGAUGUCAUGCCAAGUCAAACCUUGGCUUAGCUCAGCGCAGCACAAGAAAAACAAAAAGGACCAGAGAAGAGCAAAGUGGCUGUGCUUGCUCCUCUCCAGGACUCUGCAUGUUUGCACACAGUCCUGGUAAGCCACAGUUUAGCUUGCUGGGAUGUGCAGACUAGGCAACUGAGUUUUGUGCAAACCAGCUCUUAGUCUCCUUGGCCCGUAGAGCAUCCUGACAGCCCGUUGCUUGUUUCCCAGGCUCCUGCAGGUAUGCAAGUGUUGAUGAGUGCUACCCAAAGCACCUAUGAGGAAGAAGAGGGCACCUAUCAGUUCUACAUGGAAUACCCAAUUCCUGCUUACCUUGUGGCACUGGUGGCAGGGGACCUUGUACCUGCAGACAUUGGUCCUAGGUAAGCUACUUUUGUCUGCCUGAGCUGUGCUCGUUGUGAGGAGCUGCUUUAGCAGCCUUUCAAAUGUGCCCACAAAGUUCAUUAGCCUGCAUGUUUUCAAUGUUCUUUUACUACAUGCAUUUUUGUGCUGGUGGUGGAAGAGUAGAAAACUGCUUCCCACUGAGCAGAGUGGUGGAGAAGGGAUAGAGUGAUCCAGGUGCCUUCCUCUGGCCUGUUGCAUUUCCAUCCUGGUGGUGGAGGAAUAGACUUUCCUUCUCAUGGUUUCUGUCACAGAAACCAAGUGGACUGGUCGAGGAAGGAUGGAGCAAUCUAUGCCUCCUCCACCAGCCCGCUUGCUCGCCUGCACGGAAUCCUUGCUCACCUGCUGCAACCAGGCUAAUACGUAAAUACAAGGCUUGUGCUUGGAAGUCAUCGAGCCGGAUGGAUCAGGAAAAGCCAUUCCUGGUGACAUGGGACAUGGCACACUUGUAGAUCAGACCUGUGCAGCUUGAACACUGCUGACUAGUUGUGCCACAAGACACCUGCCACACAGUGUGGCAUCUCCAUAUCCAGGAAAAUAUUUGCGGCUUUUGCCUAAUCAUCAAUCAGGAACUUUACUUAGACCAGGGGUAGUCAACCUUUUUAUCCUACCGCCCACUAAUGCAUCUUUCUUGGUGGUUAAAUUUCCUUACCGCCCACCAGUGCUCGAUGGAAGGAGGAUUCAGCUUGUGCCAUAGAACCCCUUCCCGCCCACCUAGAAUCCUGAAACACCCACUAGUGGGCAGUAGCGACCACGUUGACAACCCCUGACUUAGACCUUGAAAUUGUCUGCAAAUGUCUAUUUUAGUUUUCGUAACAGGGAAUCACUAGUGAAUGAUAUGAAUGGCGGAACCAGCAUGAAGUCAGUGAGUUGACUGUUGCUGUCUUUGUAACAGGAGCAAAGUGUGGGCGGAACCAUGCCUGCUGUCAACAGCUAUCAGCAAACUCUCGGGUCGGGUUGAGCGCUGGCUCAGCGCUGCAGAGAGCCUCUAUGGGCCCUAUAUAUGGGGAAGGUAGGUUUGGUGCAUUCACGCUUUUGGAAUAAAAUUGAAGGUAUCUGUAGAGGCAGUGAUUCAGGAGUUCCAAGGGCCUCUUUUCUAGCCUGCCACCCACACCUCUUGGGUACCAAGAAUGGUAUCAGGUGUCCAAUGGGUGCCUCAUCCGGAAGGGUUUUAUUCUGAAGUUAAGGGUGCUUUGGCAAAUUGUGAGCACGCUGUUUCCUUGCACAGAAAACUUGGAAUAAUAUAAAGUCUGGCUCAUUCUGACACAGAGUGCAAAAGGAUCAGAAUCCAGAGCUAAUGGGUAAAAUGUUAGACUUUUAAAUGGUGGUUUUUCAAAGGGUUAUAAUGAGCCUCCCUCAGUCAAGAAUACAACAAUUGUUCAAGGCUCUUCAUGGAGUCAUAGAAUCAUAGAACAGAAUUAUAGAGUUGGAAGGGACCCUGAGGGUCAUCUAGUCCAACCCCCUGCAAUGCAGGAAUCUCAACGAAAGCAGCCAUGACAGACAGCCAUCCAAUCUCUGCUUAAAAAUCUCCGAAGAAGGAGAGCUCACCAUUUUCUGAAGGAGUCCAUUCCACUGUUGAAAAUCUCUUACUGCCAGAAAUUUCUUCCUGAUGUUUAGUCGGAAUCUCCUUACUUGUAACUUGAAUCCAUUGGUUCGGGUCCUACCAUCCAGAGCAGCAGAAAACAAGUUUUCUCCAUCUUCCAUGUGUCAGCCCUUCAGAUAUUUGAAGAUGGCUAUCCUAUCUCCUCCCAGUCUCCCCUUUACCAGGCUAAACAUACCCAAUUCCCUCAACUGUUGCUCAUCAGGCUUGGUUUCCAGACCCUUGAUCAUCUGGGUUGCCCUCCUUUGCACACGUUCCAGCUUGUCAACAUCCUUCUUAAAUUGUGGCAGGUGAAUGUGGGAGGGGAGGCAUUGCCGUAGCUGUGGAGGGCUGCAUUAUUCUUUCAUUCUCCUUCUGCAAGUAGAAAGACUGUGAUAAAUAAGGGGCUAGUCCAUUGGAUUGUGUGCCAUUAUAAAGGAACUCCAGAACUGAUUUUGUGCAGUGUGUUACAGGGCUUGAGUCCUUGCUCAAAGCCAGUCCCUGUCUUAAUCUACCCCCAUAACAUGGGAAAAUCUCAGGUUUGCCGCUCUCAGCUCCUUUGAGAAGUGGUGGAUGUGUAACAUACAGCCAACCCUACCACUUAAAUGGCAGUUUUUCUCCCACUGCACCCAGAGUGCACAGAUGGGCUAGGAGAGACUGGGAACAGGCAGUUUUAGGGUGGCGUGAUUGGUGAGGUCGCACUGGGGCACCAAAACAAUGCUUUAGAACAGAGCUCAAGAGGCUCUCACAGGGCGCUGCUGAAAUUGAGAGCCCAAAGUCCUCCACUGCUGGGAAGGAGGACUCCUCUAUGCAUUUCCUCACAAUUGUGAGAAUUAUGGCUCCAAGGUCCUGAGAGUGACCUGCAUCCUCCCCGCCCCCUCCUUGCCCCUUCCAGGUACGACAUCGUUUUCCUUCCUCCCUCUUUCCCCAUUGUCGCCAUGGAGAACCCCUGCCUCACCUUCAUAAUCUCUUCCAUCCUGGAGAGCGACGAAUUCCUCAUCAUCGAUGUCAUCCACGAAGUGGCCCACAGCUGGUUUGGCAACGCCGUCACCAAUGCCACGUGGGAAGAGAUGUGGCUGAGCGAGGGGCUGGCCACUUACGCUCAGCGCCGGAUCACCACUGAGACCUAUGGUAAGCGGCAGGGUAGGUGGCGCUUCCGUGACCUUGUUUACAUCAUUUGAAAAGAAGAACUUGUUUCAGCAACCUGGGUGCCGUUAGCAGGGGCGCUCAAGAGCUGCCAUUCUUAUAGCAUCUACAGUUUCUAACUAAGCAUCAGGGAGCUGCAGUCCUGAUGCUCUAGAUCUUUUGGAGCUCCUGAUACUUCCCAAAUAACCAUUCUCAACAAAUUGGAAGCCAGGCUCAAGAUACCUCCCCACGGCUCCUCCCCUCCCGGGAGCAAAUUUCCCCUUCGUCUCCUGACGUCCGUAAAGCAGUUUGUCAGUCCUUUGGCGAAAGCCAUCAUUAUUUAAUCAAGAUCUGAAACCAUUAUUUGAAGUGGGUUUUAGAUCCCGCCUCAAGAGUAGCCCUAAUUCCCUUCUACGAUUGGAUUGAAGACUUACACAAACUUGCAACGUGUGAACAACUUGCAUAUAAACGCAGACUUGUCAUGGACAAAUUCAGUGACAUUUGGAAUCCAUUCUUAAAAAUACUAUAAUAGGUUAAGAUCUGGUGAAAUGCAAUAACAACCUUACAGUUAACACGAGGGCUGUUUAAGCAGUAUCCCAAGGGCAAGAAGAGAGAAGCUUAACUAGUCCGGAACUAGCUUUAAAAAAAGUUGCUUCAGUAUUUUGUCUCGGUACGUGAAUUCUAGAGGGGUAGUCAGGUUGCAGAGUCCUGCAAUCCUGUAUCAUCUCACAAUUGCUGUUAACCUUUUUUCUUUCUGUUUAAUCAAAUGGUACAUCAGCACACAUGUAAUCAAGCAAAAUCCCCUCUCCAUCUAUUUAUAUGUACAGAACCAAGAAUCCUGCUCUCACAGUCUUUUAAUCAUACCCAACCUUGACCUCUGAAGACAAAUAAGAUAGGAAAUCAGAGGAGAGAUUGAAACGGAAACAACUGAAUUUUAAUGAGACUACUCUGGAGUCGAUGAAUUGUGGGUUGCAGCUUGAUUCUUGGUUAACUGAUACACAAAAAGGUUUCCAGUUCCAUGCAGAAAAUGUCCCAGUUUAUGUGAUGCACUUGAACAGCUCAACAUGUGGUAGCAGCUGUCACAUAACUUGAUUUAAAAUUGCCUUUAGGGUGACAGCCCUAAAGUUUACACCAUUCCAUCACCUGCUUCCUUGAGAUCCUGUGCCAUCUCCUCUGCUGAACACUGGGCGUUUCUUGGGAAGCCCAGGAUUUCAACUUGGUCAUUUAUCUCAGAUUAGCUGCUUGCUCUUGGCCUUCAUUUCACCAGUUCCUGAAGCAGUGACCUACUUCACAGCAGUUGUGGGCAGAAGAUUGAUUACAAUCAACUGGUAAAUGUCUGGACAAUCUGCAGUAGAUCAGAAUUCUCUAAAUUAAGCUGCUGAACUAAAGAAAGCUUUGGGGGGAAACCAGGAGCGGAUUUUUGUGUGGAAGGACUAUGAGCUCAGUUGAGGUUCUGGAUAUAAAUUCCUGGGCUAAGCGUGUGCUCAGAGGUACCUUGCACCGAUUCCAAGUCUAUAUCCUACCCACUAUUUUGCAGUUGGCUCCAGUUGGGUUCCCUUGGGGUUUUAGUGAAAAACAGAGGAAGCAGAUGCCACAAACCUGAAGUUUGCCCACCCCUUCUCUGUAAAAUUGUUGUAAGGCUGAAUGAACUAAUUUCUUUCCCUGAAUCUUAAUUAUAAUGCCAAGAUUGAAGGGUUUUGCAAUUUGGCAAUGUAGCUUCUUGUAGUGUUUGGGUGGCCUUCCAUGAUGUCACAGAAGGGUGGGGACAGUCUGCCAGUAGGUGAGCUGUUCAGAUGGUAGCAAGGACUGGGUCAGAAUGGUGAGGUCCUGUGAAGAGAGCAGGCCUAAUAGGGUGGGUCACAGGGAGGUUAGGAAAUGGGGUUUGGAACUGGGAGCGGUCCAGAGGAGGGAAGGCAAAAGCAGAAGGCCACGAGAGGUGUGUGAGAGGGCCGGAGGGACUGGGAGAGAGAAUGAUCAGAGAAAAGAGGUGGCUAGGAGCUGCAACGGGAAGGGAAGCUGAGGUCCACAUGUAUAUUUGAAAUACACAGACAGAUUUUUGGCUGCAGGCUUCAGGCACCAAUACAUUUUGUUUUCGUGUGCAGGUGCUGCCUUUACGUGCCUGGAGACUGCCUUCCGCCUUGAUGCCCUCCACAGGCAGAUGAAGCUCCUUGGGGAGGACAACCCUGUUAGCAAGCUUCAGGUGAAGCUGGAGCCAGGUAUGUCCUGCGUUGAGAUUAGCCGGCUGGGUCUCGGCUUUUAUAAAACAGGCCGGCUCACCCUGACCAUCUCUGGCUUCCUGUUAUGCAUGAGCUUCUGCUAUCAUGGCUGUAAUCUCAUCCCAACCCUCCACCCCUGGAAGCCUGAAAUAGGUGGCUGCAUCCUGGGUCAGUUCCACUAAGCGAAUUCAGUGUCGCAGAGAGAGGCCAAGCAUGAAAUAUCACAGCACAGUGGAAGUUGUUAUCAAAAUGCUGCUCUAAAUUAGGGGCAGGCAACGAGCUUUUGCGAUAAAGUAUGGAGGUGGUUAUUUUGGAUUUCAGUUCCACAACACGCCCCUGCAUUGCCGGGUUCCCUUCUUUCCCUCAUCUCCCUGCUUCUUUACAUUCUUUGACUACAGAAGGGUCUAUAAGGCUGCAAUUCUUACUACUAAUCGUAAUACUUUAUUAUUUGUACCCAGCCCAUCUGGCUGGGUUUCCCCAGCCACUCUGGGCGGCUUCCAACAAGGAUUAAAAAUACAUCAAAAUGUCACAUGUUAAAAACUUCCCUGAUGUCUUCUAAAUGUCAGGACGCGGGUGGCGCUGUGGGUAAGACCUCAGUGCCUAGGACUUGCUGAUCGUAAGAUCGGCGGUUCGAAUCCCCGCGGCAGGGUGAGCUCCCGUCGUUCGGUCCCAGCUCCUGCCCACCCAGUAGUUCGAAAGCACUCUUAAGUGCAAGUAGAUAAAUAGGUACCGCUCUAUAGCAGGAAGGUAAACGGCGUUUCCGUGUGCUGCGCUGGUGCUGGCUCACCAGUGCAGCUUCGUCACGCUGGCCACGUGACCCGGAAGUGUCUUCGGACGGCGCCGGCUCCCGGCCUCUUAAGUGAGAUGAGCGCACAACCCUAGAGUCGGUCACGACUGGCCCGUACGGGCAGGGGUACCUUUACCUUUACUAAAUGUCAGGUACCGUAUUUUUCGCUCCAUAAGACACACCAGACCAUAAGACGCACCUGGUUUUUGGAGGAGGAAAACAAGAAAAAAAAUAUUCUGAAUCCCAGAAGCCAGAACAGCAAGAGGGAUCGCUGCACAGCGAUCCCUCUCACUGUUCUGGCUUCUGGGAGAGCUGCAAGAAGCCUCUUCAGGGCAGUGGGAUGAAGGCUCCCCCUCCCCUGAAGAGGCUUCGCGCGGUUAAGCCAGAAGCUAGAACAACAAGUGGGCUCGCUGCACAGCGAUCCCUCUUGCUGUUCUGGCUUCUGGGAUAGCUGUGCAGCCUAUAUUCGCGCCAUAAGAUGCACACACAUUUCCUCUUACUUUUUAGGAGGGAAAAAGUGUGUCUUAUAGAGCGAAAAAUACGGUAGUUCUUUAUCUCUUUGACAUCUGAUGGGAGGGCGUUCCACAGGGCAGGUGCCACUACCGAGAAGGCCCUCUGCCUGGUUCCCUGUAGCUUUGCUUCUCGCAGUGAGGGAACUGCCAGAAGGCCCUCGGCACUGGACCUCAGCGUCCAGGCAGAACGAUGGGGGGUGGAGACGCUCCUUCAGGUAUGCUGGGUUGAGGCAGUUUAGGGCCUUAAAAGUCAACACCAACACUUGGAAUUGUGCUUACUGCCUGACAGUAAGCCUAAACCCCACUGAACUCUGUAGGAUUGCACUGUAAGAACCCCAGGAGAUUACUAAGGCCUAACUGCUAGAUAACUUGAUGGUAAUACCUCAAGGACCUCCUCUCCCCAUAUGAACCAACCCAGACCCUGUGAUCACCAUCUGAGGCCCUUCUUUGUGUGCUUCCUCCAGGAAACACUCUUACGCCACUUUCACAGCUGUGGCUUCUCCCAAGUGACCCUGGAAACUGUAGUUUGUAAAGAGUGAUGAGAAUUCUUAGGAGACCCUUAACAAACUGCAGUACCCAAGAUCCUUUAGAGGAAACUAUGAAAGUGGUACAAGGGUGCUAUUUUAUUUUUAUUUUCCUUCCCUUCCCUUUUUAUAAAUUUAUUUAUUUGUGGGGGGUUUUCAGAUUAAAAUUUUACAGUCACAUAUCCAACAUACGACAUAGAAACAAGAUUCCAAAGAAUCUCCUGGAUUUCCGUCCUCCCCUUUGUGGGUCCUAUUGUUAAUCAUUUCCUCUUGCAUCUUUUAGAACAAUCCAAAUCUUUUACCUCUCCAUUGUGUCCAAAAUUCACCAUUAAACUACAAGUGUUAUUCCAAUCCUACUAACAAUUUUAGCUGUUUACAAUGGUUUUUAAGAUAAAUUAUAAAUUUCUCCCAUUCCUUAUUAAAAUGUUGGUCUUCCUGAUUUCCUUUCCUUUCCUUUCCUUUCCUUUCCUUUCCUUUCCUUUCCUUUCCUUUCCUUUCCUUUCCUUUCCAAGAUCCCAGGGUGGUUCACAGCAGAAAAACAGAAAAUGAGAAUAUAAAAUACAGUGGUGCCUCGCAAGACGAAAUUAAUCCGUUCCGCGAGAGUCUUCGUCUAGCGGUUUUUUCGUCUUGCGAAGCAAGCCCAUUGACGGAUUAGCGCUAUUAGCGCUAUUAGCGGUUUAGCGGCUAUUAAAGGCUUAAAGGCUUAGGGAUUAGCUGCUAAAAGGCUAUUAAAGGCUAUUAAAGGCUUAGCAGAUUAGAUAAAGGGGGGGAAAAGCGAAAAAAAAAUCUCAAGACGCGCAAGGUAUUUUCGUCUUGCGAAGCAAGCCCAUAGGGGAAUUCGUCCUGCGAAGCAACUUCAAAACGGAAAACCCUUUCGUCUAGCGGUUUUUCCGUCUUGCGAGGCAUUCGUCUUGCGGGGCACCACUGUACAUAAUAAAACAAAAAUAAGCCAAUACCCGCCCCCCCACAAACAGAUUUUAAAAGCCAUAGAAUCCUAAUCAGCCAAAUGCCUGGUUGAAGAAGUGUGGCUGUGACCACAGAUUCAUGCCUCUCCCUCUUGCCUUCUCCAUUUCCUGCUCUAGAUUGCAAACUCUUGGCAUGUGGGGUUGCAGGGGCCUGUUUCAUGUUUUGCUUCUGAAACUUUAUGGAGCACCAUAGACACUGAUGAUGUUGUAUAAAUAAGUCAUUAAAAACCGUAAUCUAAGGAGGAGGGGGAAAAGCUGUGGACCAAGGAAGCUUCUGAUGGCAUUUUUGCUUGCAGCUUUACCAAGAUACUACUGUGUUCUCUCUCUCUCUCUCUCCUUCCCUCCCCUUGCCUAUCCCCCAUCCCUCGCUCUUACAGGUGUGAAUCCUAGCAAUCUGAUGAACCUCUUCACGUACGAGAAAGGUUACUGCUUUGUUUACUACCUGUCUCAGCUCUGUGGAGACCCAGCACGCUUUGAUGCCUUCCUUCGAGUUAGUAACUUGGGUUUCAGAGGCGGGGUGUGUCCGUGUGCAUGUAUGUGAGACUCUUGCCUGUAUGCAUUUCCCUUUGAGACACCCAGGAGAAAGAGAGGGAUGUCAAAUUUAGAAAAGGAGGAGGAGAGGCAGUUGGCAUGCUUUAAGCAAGGGCUUGAAAAUAGCUGUUUGUUAGAUGAGAAUACCUCUGCAGGAGACCGCUCAGUGAAAUAGAUCAGCAAAGGGUCCCAGUUAAAACAACUCAGUCAAUAAUAAUAAUAAUAAUAAUAAUAAAUUUAUACCCUGCCCAUCUGGCUGGGUUUCCCCAGCCGCUCUGGGCAGCUUCCAACAGAAUAUUAAAAUACAAUAGUCUAUUAAACAUUAAAAGCUUCCCUAAACAGGGCUGCCUUCAGAUGUCUUCUAAAAGUCUGGUAGUUGUUUUUCUCUUUGACAUCUGAUAGGAGGGCAUUCCACAGGGUGGGUGCCACUACCGAGAAGGCCCUUUUCCUGGUUCCCUGUAACUUGGCUUCUCGCAGCGAGGGAACCGCCAGAAGGCCCUCGGCACUGGACCUCAGUGUCUGGGCAGAACAAUGGGGGUGGAGACGCUCCUUCAGGUAUACUGGGCUGAGGCCGUUUAGGGCUUUAAAGGUCAGCACCAACACUUUGAAUUGUGCUUGGAAACGUACUGGGAGCCCGUGUAGGUCUUUCAAGACCGGUCAAAGCAAUGAGUUGGGAGGUAGUGGAGAAGGAAUAAAAGACAGAAGGGGUUUCAUGGCAAACACCCAUCUUGAGAAUGUGGCCUACAUGUUGCCAGAGACCCCCCCUUUCACUGCUUGUCCCCCCAUCCCCACAAGUGUUAAGGAAGAAAUCAAGUAAGCAGCAGUUAGAAAAUAGAGGCUGGUGCUGGUGGUCUUCAGGUGAAGAGCUGAUGCCUGGAAAGUGAGGCAAUGCUUAAGGGGUCCUGAGUCAGAGCUCCAGAAACUGCUGGGCUGGAUGCAGCAAGAGGAGCAGGAACGGGGAUAUAUAUUACUGUUGUUCUUAAUAUUAAUACAUUGAUUAUUUCAUUUCAGUAUCCUUAUAUUGUAUUUUUAUUUUUCACUGUAAGCUGCUCUGAGUGAUAUUUUAAUAGAAAAGCGGGGCAUACUGUUCUAAUCUGAUCCAAGCAGCUGACAUGGCAAUGUAUGCUAGAUAAAUCUCCACUGGCUUUCUCAGGCGUGGCUUCAGGCUCGUUCUGCCGUUAGCCUGAGUCUUGUGUUCAUGUACGCCAAGAGAUGCUGCCUGUCGUGCAAGCCAGUUGCAUCCCUGCUCUCCAAUUACCAACAACUUUCUGGAGCAUUAUAUAUUUUAUUUCUGCAUUCAGCCUGGCCUUCCUAAAGGAUUGAAGUGCCAAAUAAUUUAAAGGAAGUUCUUGUGACAGAUGAAUGUCCCUUAGUGAAUCUUUAGGAGGAAGGAGUUUCAUGAUUUGGGGUGUUAGUGGUAAUGUGGGUUUACAUAAGUCCUUCCUUCCUUCCUUCCUUCCUUCCUUCCUUCCUUCCUUCCUUUCUCUCUCUCUCUCUCUCUCUCUCUCUCUCUCUCUCUCUCUCUGUCUCUCUCCCCUAUGCAGUCUCCUGUGGGAAAUAGACUUUCCUUACCUGUUGCAUCUCACUUUUUCCUCUGCAUGCUUGUUCCAUCCCCCUUCGCCUUCUCUGUUAUUGCCCUUCCUUCCCCGUUAUUUAUAUGAUUUUGCUACUUAACUGUCUUUCUCUUUCCCCUGAAACUUGCCAACUCCUUGACCCAUUCUCCCGGCUCUCUUCCAGGCCUACAUCGAGAAGUACAAGUUCACUAGCGUUGUGGCCCAAGAUCUCUUGGAUUCCUUCCUGGCUUUCUUUCCAGAACUGAAAGAACAAAGCAUUGAGAGCAGAACAGGUAGAGAAUAACACAUUGGCUGCUUUUGCUUUCCUUGACGUGCGGUGAGAAUAAAUGACCCUGGGAGCUUUCGCACUAGCAUCAUCUUCAUUCCGUGGGUUUGCAGUGCAGCAGCUGUUGUGCCAUUCGGACAGGGACAGAGAGAGGGGACGGCUCCACAGUCAUGAUGUUUUGUGUGGGCCUCUUUGGCAGUCAGGUGGUAAAGAGGCUGGGAUGGGAUGGGAGAAACCAAGGGUCUGGAAACCAAGCCUGAUGAAGAACCGUUGAAGGAGCUGGGGAUGUUUAGCCUGGAAAAGAGGAGACUGGGAGGAUAUGUGAUAGCCAUCUUCAAAUAUCUGAAGGGCUGCCAUAUGGAAGACGCAGCAAGCUUGCUUAAUGUUAUUCCAGAGGGUAGGACUUGAACCAAUGGCUUCAAGUUACAAGAACAUCAGGAAGAACUUGUUGUCUGUAAUAAUAAUAAUAAUUAUUAUUAUUAUUAUUAUUAUUUAUAUCCCGCCCUCCCCAGCCGAAGCUGGGCUCAGAGCAGCUAACAACAAUAAAAGUAACACAGCAUUCUAAAAUCAGUUCAAAAUCAAAUUAAUGGCUAUCAUUGGGCUAGAGUUCUAAGAGGAUUAUCAAAGGAGGGGGUCAGACUGUGCCUUGGCCAAAGGCCUGGUGGAACAGCUCUGUCUUGCAGGCCCUGAGGAAAGAUGUCAAGUCCUUCAGGGCCCUAGUCUCUUGUGACAGAGCGUUCCACCAGAUUGGAGCCACAGCCGAAAAAGCCCUGGCUCUGGUUGAGGCCAGCCUAACCUCCCUGUGGCCCGGGACCUCCAAGAUGUUUUUGUUUGAAGACCGUAAGGUCCUCCGUGGGACAUACCAGGAGAGGCGGUCCCGUAGGUACAAGGGUCCUGUAGGUAAGAGCUGUUCAGCAGUGGAGCAGACUUCCUUGGAAGGUGGUGGACUCUCCUUCUUUGGAAACUUGGCUAGCCACCUGUCCUGGGUGCUUUAGUUGCGAUUCCUGCAUUGCAGGGGGUUGAUGGAAGGUCUCUUCCAAUUAUCUGACUCUAUGAGAAGCAGCAAAGAGCUGUCCCCUCUGGCCUGCCAGUGAUUCAACUGUUUCUUGCACUGUUGCAGCUUAAGCUAAAUCUGUAGGUUGCAAUUCGUAGCAAAGGAGGAGAAGCCAGGGGCUGCGUUCAAGGAAGUCACAACUGUGAAUUGCUUUCAAUGGCUGACUCAUCACUGAUACUGGAAUCUGAAUAUAGUUCAUGCUGCUGCUGUUCUAAGUUCACACCACUUAGAGCUGGGAGGAGAAAAGGGAAGUAUUUUAACAGGGUGUGGCCUGCAGCAAAGACAUGUGGAGAGCUGGGUGGCUUGUAUUGGUAUUUAAUCUAAUUGCUGCUGGGUUUUAAGCUCUAUAUUUUCCAUGGGCUACCAUCUGCAGUUUCAAGAGUUUGUCCCUGUCCUCCUUCCCCUCUCUGACUGGUUGGUGUUGUGCCUGCCAGCAGAAAGGAGGAUCCAUCAUGAAUAUCAUCUCUAAAAGGUGCUGAGGAGAAGAAAGAAAGAAAACCAGGCUCGACAGAAUUAUGUCGCUUGUUUAUUUAAUUCCAUUUAUGAAUUGCUUCCUAUGAAACACCUUGAAGCGAUUUAACAGUGAAAACAUCAGCGAUGAAGACAUAGGCAGUUUCAUGUGUAAAAACAGUUCAGAUCCAAUACAGAUACAGAUUAGGAUAAUAAUAAUAAAAAACUCCACUUAAAAGGCUUGUUGAAUGGUGGUCUUCAGUAGAGACGGCACCUGUCUUCACAUUUUGUGGAAUUUAUGUGGUGGAUUUCUAGCCUGUCUUCUAGGGUAUGUCCUCUUCCUAAGGUGGAGGUGAUCCCAGAAGCAAGCGAGAGUACACUUGGCUCCUCCAUCUGAGCAGGCAGGUUAAACAGCUGCAAAAUUCCUUGAAGGCCCUCCUGAGCCUGUGGAACUGCCUGCCACUCCCUGCUCAACAGCCUGUGACACCCUGCUACUUGUUAGGGUUGUGUUUUAAACAACCCACAGAUUUGUGCAAAGCCGUGGGGUCGUGUCUGAGAGAAAUAGAAACUGCUCAGAGCAACAAAAUGAACCCCACAUGCAGAUUGCAUGGGAAAUCAGGCUUAUCUGGCGUGCAUCUACUUUUCCUGUCAAAGCACAUGUGGUUAACUAGAUUGCCAGCCUCCACUGUUAGUUUGUUUUGGUAAGGAUGCCUGCAGUUCUUCAAAGUGGUCCAGCAUAAGACCAUGCAAGUCCAAUCCUUUCAUGUGCAUCUCCCCAGAUAUUCCCUGUAGGUCACCUGCUCAUUGAAUCACCGUAGCCCUGGGUCAUAUUAAAAAAUCUAUAUCCAGCCCAAGCCUUACCAGAUAUAUUCCAUCUACCGUUCUGAUCCAUUGGUAAAAUCUAUAUUAAAAGGAGUUGUAUCCAAUGUCAGCCCUAUUCCGAAUAAACCCAUUGAAAAUAAUGGAUGUGACUGACUGAGGUUCAUUAAUUUCACUGGACCUUCUUUGUUGGAUACAGCCAAACAAGUCACAAACUGAGCAUUGUACAAACAGAAAAUUAAAAAGUUAAGAGUCUGAGUCCAGGGAAGCUUAGGUAAAUACAAGAGUUUUCAAGCAGCAUUUAAAGUUCAUUGCAGUCUCCACCCCACCGAUUACUCAAGGAAGGGGAUAUCAUAGGGUAUUGCUCUCAUCAAGAAGAUCCACUUCUGCAUUGCCAUGUGGUGACAAACCAUUUUCUGUAGUGGCUGCCCGUUUGUGGAAUGCUUUCUCCAGGGGGACUUGCCUGGCGCCUUCGUUAUACACCUUUAGGCACCAGGCAAAAACAUUCCUCUUCAACCAGGCCUUGGGCUGAUUAACAUAUGAUACCCUUUUAAAUGUUUUUGUGGGGAGGGAAGUAGGUUAUUGGUCUGUUCUUGUUUUUAUUAUAUAUUUUCUGUAUUUUUUAUCUUGCAUUUCAUGUUGUGAACCGUCCUGAAACCUACAGAUGGAAGGGUGGUAUAGAAAUGUAAAUAAUAAUAAUAUUGGUCAUGAACUGACCUGCAGGGUCUCCUUGGAAGAUCUUAAAAGCUUGGUGUGAUUUGUACUGGGGCAGAUGAUCUGCCAGGAUUCCUGACCUGUGUCAUACCCAAGGACUGCAGUGUAAAGAAUAAUAGUGUUAUUUCAUGGCAUUAUCUGAGUAGGGCUUGGAGUGGGGAGAAGGGAGAGGCAUGAUUGUUUUGUGAUAUUGGAGAUUAAGAUUGCCUUGGCACAUGGUCCAUAGACUUGGGACUCAUACUUUGCUUUACUUCAUUGUGGAGCACAUGUCUUGCAUUCUGAAGGUCCCAGUUUCAUAGAAUCACAGAAUCGUAGAGUGAAGUGAAGGCAUGAGGUGGGAGUUGGUAUUGCAGGUGAGCUGUGCAGAAGCACGCUGGCAAGCAUGCUCCAAGACAAGCUGCCGGCCAGCUCUGUGGAGGCUCCUUUUAUUAGCACAAUAUGCAAAACCAGUCAGAUACAUUUUGGACUGUGACCUUUACACAUCUUCCAAUCCUGAGAUCGUGGGGUGGUACAAAGUUAUUUUGGCAGCUGUUUCCACCGCGUCAUUUCCCCCUUGCACAGUGUAUGACAAAGGAGACAAAAGUCACAGACAGGGCACAGCAGACCACUAAGAGAUCAAAGGUUAGAUAGAGGGCAUGAUAUUCAGACAGCUGUGGCUUUGUCUGUGGGUAAAAGUGUGCUCUACACCCAAAGGUCACGUGGUCAGACAGCCUGUGGCUUCUCUGCGGGUGGAAGUGUGCUCCAUGUCUGGCAAUCAUUCCUUCAGUAGAGUUGGAAGGUACCCCAAGGAACAUCUAGUCCAACCCCCUGCAAUGCAAGAAUCUCAACUAAGGGGUCUAAGACAGAUGGCCAUCCAACCUCGGCUUAAAAACCUCCAAUGAAGGAGAGUCCACAGCUUUUCUACUGAGUACCAUCCUCUGCUGAAUGGUACACUGGUAUCACGAGCAAAAAACAUCCCCAGGGACAGGACUGAAGAAAUAUUUGUGCCUGAGAUGCUGAAGGACCACUGCCAACCAGUACAGAUAGUGUUCUGCUAUCAGCCUGAUCCAGUAUAACAUAGCUGCAAGUGCUCACAGAAACCUGACUGAAAAGAAGUGCAGGCCGCUCCCUGUCUGAUUCCAGUUUGUGUGUCUGUUGCAGGACUAGAGUUUGAACGCUGGCUCAAUGCGACGGGUCCUCCUUUAAUUGAGCCAGACUUAUCUCAGGGAUCCAGUCUGACCUGCCCCGUGGAGACGCUCUUCAGCCUCUGGACUACAGAGCCUCUGGAUGCUGUGGCUGCUGCUGGCAGCGUUGAUAUCGCAGAAUGGCGGACGUUCCAGACCGUGCUCUUCCUUGACAGGCUGCUGGACGGGUCCCCGUUGCCUGAAGGUGAGGUUCGUUGAGCUGGCAGGUGAGCAUCUGAGUCCCUACGUAGCUCAGACAGAAAAAUUGGAAGGCCGCGAGUAAAAGGUUUGUACGGGAGACAGCCCUAAGUGUAAAACGGGAGCAUGAGUGACCAGCCAGUAGUAUGGAGCUGGAGGAGGAGAGGACAGGAUCCCCUGGGAAACGCGACAAACCUGCUGUACCUGAAACUGGGUGUGGCGAGUGCAGCUGAAUGGGACACAGCUGUGGGCAGCCUGAGGACGUAUCACAUGCCUUGUGCCUUCCCAUAAAGAGUGGGAGACUAGGGUGAUGUUUGCUGUUUCCAGGAACUCUUGUUGUGAGACUUUUGUGGGCUUGCUGAGUGUUUGUUUGGGCUCUGGGUGAGAACCCGGAGGCUGAGGAGGCGGGUGUGUCAGAAGGAAAAUGAAUUGAUCUCUCUCUCUCUCUCUCUCUCUCUCCCUCCCCCUCCCUCCACACACACACACGCACACACACAACUUUGUAUUAAUGUAGCAUUCUAAUAUGUAACUGUAUUUUUGUAAUAUUUAAGUCGUCUGUUGUUGUUUAAGCUCUUCGUACACUGCUUAGAGAUACUUUUAAUAUAUUAAGCGGUAUAGAAAUUCAAUAACCAAAUAAUGAAUAUUCAGGUCUUCCAGAGUUAUCAGUAAUAGACUCUGACAGCCAGGUGGCUUAUUAGCCAGUAAGGAAACACUGCAAACUCCUAAGCAAAAGAGAUGGUCGCAAGACGCUGCAUCUCGCCACAUCCAUUUGGAGAAACAAAUUGGCCAGUGUUUCACAGUUGUGGAUUCUCUAGAGACGGCAAAAGCAUGUCUUUUUAUAAAUUACAAAGAUCCGGUCUAACUGUUACACACACCCAGGGGAUCAGCAUGCCUGUAGCCAGUUUGGGGGUAGGACUGCAAUUUGGAAGGGUAGCCCAUGUUUUGCAUGCAAAAAAUUCCAGGUCUGGUUUUGGCAUCUCCAGGUAGAGCUGAGAAAGGUCUCUGUGUGAAACCCUGGAGAACCACUGCCAGCCAGUGCAGACAGUAUUGAGUUAGAUGGAGCAGUGGACCUGCACAAUCCACCACAGCUUCCUAUGUCCCUAUGAGUUUCAUUUCCUCCUUAGUAUUAUUCACAGCAUCUCACCAUAUGAGCUGAAGCGGCCAUGUUGUGAAUGGCAGUGAAUGUUAGCUGCCUUCGCUCAUACAAACUUCAGAGCAAGCCAGAUGCAGACCAAAAUCUAGGGGCAUUUUUUGCAUUAAGGUGUGGUUGGGUUAGAUUUGCAAAUUCAGCCUUCUCAAGGAUCUGAAGCCCUUCUGGGUUGGAGAAUUGCCAGGCCUCCUGGUUCCAUUUCUGAACGUUUCCCUAUGUGCUCUUCAGAGGUGAUAUCAAAGCUCUCUGAGUGCUACUCGGCUCAGUUGGACGGCAUGAACGCAGAGAUUCGCAUCCGCUGGCUACAGAUCAUUGUCCGCAACGACUACCAUCCCGAUCUUCACAAAGUCCGGCGCUUCUUGGAAAACCAGGUACUAACUUCCAGAUUAAAAACGCCCUGCAUCUCUCAGGGGCAUGAGAUUUGGGCAUGAAACAACCCUGGAACUCCUGCUGAUUGACCGAGUGUGUGGAUCAGGUGUGUGGUGCAGUUUGUCGGCACGUGGAAACUGGUGGCUGAACUCACUGGUGGGCUGGAUGAGGUUAGGCAGGUCAGUAUUAUGUUUCCUGUAGCGCAGACAGAGGACUGAUGCUGAGAGAGGGUGGCUCGCCAAAGGCCGCCUGCCGAGUUUAAGGUUGGGAGCCAAACCAAGACUUCCUGAUCCGUAGGAGGUGCUUUACACGGAGGAGGGAAUCAAGAGGUGGAGGAAAAGCUUGGAUGUGGGUGGGAAAGGUGCGAAGAACAUCGCCCAGGAGGAGAGAGGAGGGAUAAGAGAUGAGAAGAGAUGAGGGUGUAACAAGAAGGAGGACUCAAUGAAAUUAAUGGAUGUCGCUAACUUAAAGUUCAGUUACAGGUAGGUAGCCAUGUUGGUCUGCCAUAGUCGAAACAAAAUAAAAAAAUUCCUUCCAGUAGCACCUUAGAGACCAACUAAGUUUGUUAUUGGUAUGAGCUUUCGUGUGCAUGCAUGGAAAGAAUUUUUUUUAUUUUGUUUAGAGUUCAAUGCGUCUGAGUGUAUCUUGGAUGCAACUCAUGGUGUUUCAGUAGAUUUUAAGAAGCCAAUAUAUUUAUAUCUUCAUUUUUGAAUCUCUAUUAUUAUUAUUAUUAUUAAUUUCAUUUCUAUACUGCUUUAUAUUUUUAAGGGGGGAAUCUCAAAACAGUUUACAACCUACAUUAAAACAGCAAAUAAAACAAUUCAGAGUAAAACAUUACUGAAGAAAGUUGAAUAUAAAGUAUACAGUUAAAUACAAUUAACAUUCAAACACAAUUCACAGGAAACUAAAAUAUUAUCCUAAACAUUUUUUUAAAAAACACUGCAGAGGAGGUCGACUGCAGAAUGCACCUUUAGCAGAGCAAAGUUAACAAAAAAAAUAUCUUAAACAUUUCAAAAGAAAACUGUGAAGUCAAAUAUAAAAGGCACAUUUGAAACAACAUAACUAGCAAAAUAAUAGUCUCAUUUGCAUAGAACAUAUCUGCUGCUGUGCUCUCUAGUACUUUUCCUUUUACUAGGGUACAAGAAUAAUGUGUUUGCACAAUAAUAAAAAUGUUUUUGUGGGAGAGGGUUAUUGGUUUGUUUUUGUUUCAUUAUAUAUUUUGUGUUCCAUUUUGUAUUUUUAUGUUGUGAACUGCCCUGUGAUCUUUGGAUGAAGGGUGGUAUACAAAUUUUAAUAAUAAUAAUAAUAAUGAUAUGCCAGUCCUGUGGCUGGCUUAUGCAGUACCACCGAUCUAUCGGUUUUCCUUAUUAGCUCUAAACCAGAAUUCAUAUUUAUUUUUGUGCAGUCACUGAGUCCCAUUUGUAUUGCAGAUGUCGCGGAUGUACACGAUUCCAUUGUACGAGGACCUCUGCACCGGCACCCUGAAGUCGUUUGCCUUGGACAUUUUCUACCAGACCCAGAACCAGUUGCACCCCAACUUGCGGAAGACCAUUCAGCAGAUCUUGACGCAGGGCCUGAACCCGCUCCUUGCCAUGGAUGCGGCAGCUGUUAUGGCAGACCCUCUGGCUGCUGUGGUAGAGGACAAACCCCCAGAAGCUGCACACAGUGCCAUUUCUCUCAGGGACGUAAACGUGUCUGCUUAGCUCCCCAGCUCAUGCCGGGCAUUUGAAAGUGGAGGAGCAGCCAGGCGAGGGGCAACGUGAACCCAAGUGCUGCCUCCUGACCCUCUGUGCCACAGCUUGGGGGGGAGAGUGGAUCUCUUGUCGUCGCUCCCACCCACCCCCGCCCCCAUUACACACACAAAUGUGCCUUCCGGUGCCCGAUUCGUUGGCACAGCCAGAUAUCAGGGAUGUCUCCCCUUCUAGCUGCAAGCGGGAACUGUUACGGGAUGGAUCUGUUGACUUGAUGCAUCAUGAAUGUGGAUUCCAGGGCGACUUUUGUUCUCCCACUGCAAUCGGGAAGAGUUCUCUCUUGGGCACUUGGGAGGGUCUGUGUCCUCCAGGCCUUCAGAGAGGCAAAGUUGCCACUGGCUGUGCACUGACAAGGAAGUAAAGGGAGUGGGGAACACUAUCAGGAUCAUGGAGAUUUGAAGGUUUGGCAGUGUUCUGCAGAGAACAGAAAAGGAGUGAUGGGGGAGUCUGUUCCGUUUUUGUGCUCUUUUACUGUGUUACUCAGGAGGUGGAGGGUUUAGAACAAUGCCUUCAAGCAAUGCCUUGGUUUCAUCAAGAUGGUCAAGUGUUAAAGGCUAGGAGACAGGGGGUGGAUUUGAAAUCCUCCCUCAUUUCACUUCUGAUUUUCUCCUUUGCGGGACGUUUGACACCCAAACCCACUCAACUAACUGCAAUGGGGCCAGGGGCCUGUUUUCCUAAAACUACGCUGCAAAUCCUUCAUUAGUGUCUGGAACGCAGCUCUGAAAACAGCAGGUAAGGAUGACUCGCAUCCCCAACUCAUCUUGCAAAUUAACAAAUGGGAUGCAAUGGCAAACUCAGGCACAAUCCUCCGGUAACUUUCCGCAUUUGUUAAAUGUGCAAAUUCUGCUCAUUUUAAAGGAGGCCAGAAGAAGUGAAGAUUCUGUCGGAUUGUCUCUCUGGUCUGUUGGUGCUUCCCAAUGGUCAUAGGAAUGGACAAACAGGCUAGGUUUUGAGUGCAGAAUGAUAUGCUUUGUGUCCUGUUCAGCCUGUGUCUUGGCUAAGGACAUUUUUAAGUCAGUCUCUCUCUCUCUGGAUGAGAAAGCAACCGUUGAAUAAGAAAGCCAGCUUCUUCCAAAGCCGUCUCUUGAGAUCAGAGCCAUGCUGCCCACCAGCAAAGCCUUUCCUUCCUGGCCAUUAGGCAGAGAGAAACAGAGACUGACUAUGCAAUGCCCUUCUGACCAGCCAGCCGAACUGCCGUCUGUCAAAAGUGAAUGGAAGGGCAACCGUAUGUAGAGACAUUGGUGCAUCUUUCAGAAGAUGGCUGGAAGUGGACAAAAUGAUGCAGCGUCACAUUUUCCUGCUGUGGGAGCGGCUGUGUUUUUAAUAUCUCUCUCUGAGCGCCUUUUUCUGCAAGAAGCAGAGAGCUGAGGAUUGAACAAAUAGGUCUACAAAGAGGCUUCCAACGAAAAUCAAACAGGGUGCUGGGAAUUGCCAUAUCUUCCAGGGGUGGGGGCAGUAUAGGAAUGUGUGUGUGUUUUUAAAUUAACUGUUUGCCUUUUUGAGAGUUGAGUGUGCCCAAAGGGCUGCUUAACGAUUCGAUUCGUGGUAGGCGAGAAUAUGCUGGUGCUUGCUGCUGUGAUCCUGUAAAGAACAGAUGGGGAACCCUUUGAUUCGUGGGCUGGAUGGAUGCAAACCUCAGAGGCUUCCCAUCAGGCUCCCUGAACGCCUCCUCUUUGGCCCCCCUCCUACUUGAGUUCUGUGCUGGCUGCAGGAGGGAGGGAAAAAGCGGCAAACUACAGGCACUGGGACUUGGUCCAGAUGGGGAGCAUACCCAAGGGGGAUAAAAGCCCUUGACCUCCCACACCAUGGCUCCCAUCUGUAUCAGGCUCCCAGCACCUACAGUUUGCAUGACCAAAAAAGGAUCUGUUGAAAUGAACUGGGUUGGGGUUUUUUGGUAAUGCAAAUUGCAGGUGGGGGGGAGGGAGGCUGCUCUAUGUUCAGCGUGUGUGUUUUUGUCUGAUAAGGGUGUGUGACUUUGUGUAUCUGGCCCUCCCUUUGCUGAAACGUCACUGCUUUUCUCAGCCUGAAAAGUUUUCCUCCCCCCUGCCGUAGAUGUCUUGUCCCUGUGCACUUAGGGAACACGUGGCAGACUCUUCCUUGGGACCUGCAGUCGGUGAUUCCUGUGCAGUUUUUGGACACACACAAUUCCCCUCCUCAUUUCCCUGUCUGUUGCACAAAGUAGUGUGGAGCAGCCAUGGGUUUUGCCUGCGCUUGUGGCCACCACAUUUCAACAAGAACAUUGGUUAAUGUCGCCCGUUCUGGAAAAAGAGAGGCCAUGUUCGACGCAUAUUGCAGGCAGGAGCGAAGCAUCUCAGACAGCAGUCUGAACAUACAAAAAUAGUGGGUGCUUGCUAUUUACAUUUCCGUUCUCCCCACCCAUUCUUUGAUUUUAAAUUGAUUUUCAGGCAGCGUCGGUGUUUCACCUCAAAGCUUGAUAAAGCAAUAACAAACUACAAGCAUCGGAAAGAUGCUUCACUUCACCUAACUUGUGGUACCUUGAAGUCACAGCAAGCUCGUCUCUCCCUCACAACAGAGAUUAAAUGUAGUUAAAAUUAGUGGGGGAUAUGGUGGGGGUUUCCCUCCCUUUCCACACACCCACCUGAUAUAUUGCAAACAAUUGGCCACUCUUGGCAUGCACCCCCUUUGACAGCAGUUCCAGCCUGGCAGAGUCUUGCCCCCACCCACCUUGCACCCCGGGCUGCCUUAGGCCUCUGUUUUAUUGCAAUCCUUCCCCCACCCGGAGAGAAUGUAUGUAACCCUGGUGGAAAUUCCUUUUAAACGUACAUUGAUGCCUUAUGAUAACAUCACUGAUAAAUGUUGAAUUAAACUAAACUUUGUGACUUUCUGAAUCUCAGUUUUGCCUGUUUUCCCACCCCACCCCACUGCACCAUCUGUGCUUGUCUCAACCUCACCCCCACCCACCCCAGACAAAUAUCGCACCAGGGCACGAAAGUAUUGAUGCAAGAUUCACCGACUUUGCCAGAGGAACACUUAAUAAUUCAUUUCUGGGCAUUUCUAGACUACUUGCCAUCCAGAUCUCAGGGUGGGUUACAAAAUUUUAAAACAACAACACUAUGCACACUAAAUCAAUUUGAGCACUGUUAAGAUCACCAGCACAAAACCUAACAGCAGUCAUCCCUAAAAUGCCUGGGCAAAUUAACAGUUCUUAACCCGGUGACUCCAGGUUCAAAACUCCCUCCCCAGGAAAGGAUGUAAGACCCCUUCAGCAAGUAUUUUUCAGCAAACCUAAAGAAUUUCUUGGUUUGCUCAAUGUUGGUUGCUUCUUUGUGAUGUGAUUUCUAUAUACAGUAGUAAUGAGAUUCAAGUACUGAGCAAUCGCAGCCCGACCAAGUAGCUAGGAGUCUGCUUGCUCUUUAAAGCUGGAUUAGCAACGGAUCCAUAACAAUGCAGAGCAGGAUCACGGGUGGAAUGUAUGCAUGGACCAUGGGUAUAGCCAGGAUAUUUGUUGGGGGGACAAUAAAUAAAUUGGUUGGUGUUUUAAGGUAGCUUUCACCUAACAAGCUUUGGGCUGCAACUCUUAUCAGCCCCAGCCCGCAUUAACUAAUAGAAUCUGAACUGGUGGCGAACGGUCAGAAAAAGAGAUCCUGGGGUCGGUGUGUGGCAACUGCGAAAAAGGCAAAUUCCAUGUGCAAUGAAGUGAGAGGGGAGGCGGGUGCAAAUAAAAAGAAC